CCCUCUCCCCCAAUUUCCGCCACGUUCUCCUGCUGAGCGUUACACAUAGAACUACCAGUUAGAGAGUACUGUCUACCACCCCUCACCCCAUCCUCCCAACCCCUGUAUAAUAUAAGGCCGUUCGUACCAAAAUAGAUCCAGAAGUGAUAUAGAGAAGCGGAUUCUGACUUUCCAAUAAUGGCCGAAACGUACGAGGAGUACGAGGAGACGCACCAUGUCACCAGAAAGUCCGUGACCACCUUCAAGAUCGAGGAAACGUCAUCGUCCACCACCACCAAAACCAUCACGACACCGGCCAAACUGUACGGCAAGGAUGUCGGCGCGUACGAUGAUAUCGAUGUGGACGAGCUGCUCGCCCAGCUGUCGCCGGAGGAGAUUAGUAUGCUCGCGAAGGAGGUCGAUCCGGACGAUUCCUUUUUGCCACCGAGCCAGCGUACGAACUACGAGUGUGAUAAGGAGCCGACCGGGCCGCUCGAUCGGAAGAAGCUGAUCGAUCAUAUUAAUAAGCAAGCGCUGGAAACCCCGGACCGUCCGGAACUGGAACCAUUUGUGCCGGGUGUCGUGCGUGGCAAAAAGUGGAUACCACCACCACCGGCGGCGAAGCUGCAGGCAGCCGACGAGCAGAUUGCAAUCGAUCUCGGCGACGAGUACGAGCAGGCGCUGACGGAUGCGACGCAGGAAGAAAUCAUCGAUCUGGCCGCCAUCCUCGGUUUUCACUCGAUGAUGAACCAGGACCAAUAUCACGCCUCACUGCUUAACAAGGGCCAGCCGGUCGGACUCGGCUGGGACGGCAUUACCAAGUCCGCCAUACCGAAAAUUUUCCCGGCCGAGGCACCGAACACGACCGACCCGGAGGAAACGAUCCAGCGCAUCAAGAGCGACGACAGCAAGCUGGUGGAGGUGAAUCUGAACAACAUCAAGACCAUCUCGGACGAGCAGUUCGAUAAGCUGUUCGAGGCGCUCAAGUCCAACACACACCUUGAGGUGCUGUCGCUCACGAACGUGGGGCUGACGGAUCGUACCGCACUGAUGCUGGCCGGCGCCCUCGAACAGAACCACGCCCUGCGGGUGCUGAACGUCGAAACGAACUUUAUCAGCCCGCCCGUCAUUGUGACGCUGGUCAAGAGCCUGCUAACCCAGAUGACAAUCGAGGAGUUCCGUGCCUCGAACCAGCGAUCGCAAGUGUUCGGUAACAAAAUCGAGAUGGAGAUAACGGAGCUGGUCGAGAAGAAUACCACAUUGCUGCGGCUCGGUUUGCAUUUGGAGUUCAAUGAUGCCCGGCAUCGGGUAGCCGCCCAUCUGCAGCGUAACAUUGACAGAACACGAAGAUCACACUAUAAGAUAGCGAAAAAUGUAAUUUAGAGCAGCAAAAUCGAGACCGAAGUGGGGAACAUUUUGUGUUUGGUGGUAGGAAGUCUCUCGCUAGGGUUUGUUUUGUCCUAUUUUCUUUAAAAAACUGCCUCAAACUGGACAUUUCUUGGAUGAAUUUUCUAUAAUUAUAGAAAGCAAAACAAAAUGCAUUUUCUUUUCACGUUUUUUUCGGCUUAAAUUGUUUUUAACACAAAUUUCGUUUGGUUCAAUUUCUACCCUUGGUUUUUCUAAGGCUUUUGGGGUGUUGCAUAUGGGGGCAGAGUGUGAAGAAUAGUUUUUUAUACAAAUCUUGAAGCGUGGUGUUUAAACGGAAGGGAGACAAACAAGUAGGGAUGGUGAAAGAAAAUAAUAAUAUUAAAAAAAGAAUUUAAAUAUUUUAAAGCGUUCAUCGUAUAGGAUGAGUAGCGAGAGGGAGAGAGAGAGAGAGAACAAGAGAGAUAGAGAGAGAGAGAGAGAGAGAGAGAGAAAGAGCAAGAGGGAGAGAGAGAGUAAAGUGUAGUAAGGAUAUCAUGUGUUUUGUUUUUUCGCAUCACAAAAGUUCCAAAAAAAAGGAUCUUUUUGAUUUGUUUUAUAAUUGUUAUUUGCAAAAUGUUUUUCUUUAAGGCUCUCCUUUGUGUGUAGCUUUCAUAACAAUAUUGUUGAUAUCCAUUGGAAAUUUAUAAAUCUAUAAUAAACUUUACAUCCAAACCAUAAAAAAAAAACAAAUUGUGAAAGAGGAAGGUGAAGCAAGGAGUGUUUGUUGGAGAGACUCAAAUUUUAGGUUUUUAUUUCUUUUUUUUUCUAAUUGUGUAUAGGUAGUGUAACAAUCGCCAAGUUCGUUCAUCAAUGUAUUCAAAUUUUGUUUACCCUUUUGUACCGGUAAUACUCAUUCGACAUACACACACCGCCGUUUAAGCAAUUGCAGCAAACGUUCGUCCAUCGCUCAUACUCCACGGAGUUGCAGAAGCGAACAGUUGCUGUCAAAAAAAGGCUUAUGUGCGUGCCUCUGGAUGUGUGUGUGUGUGUGUGAAAUAAAUCUAGACACAUAGAAAAAAAAACACAUAAGUAGUAACCAAAUAGGCUUUAGGCUUCAGCCCUCUCCCACCCCCCUCCCAUACCCGUUUCCCACCCCAGGCACCUGUCAGUGGAGCACGUGACGUGUUGUUGUACCCCUGUUUUCGGCUUGAAGUCGAGCUUAAAGUGGAAAUCACCGUCCCGCGCAUUUGACAGACGGCGUAAAUUAAAAUAAAAACACACAAUCAAACCCAUUCGCACGCGAUUGCGUGAUAUGGAUUGUUUGGUUUUUUUUUACAUUAUUUCCCCCACUCCUUCUCCUUCUCCUAACUCCUACCCGUUGAUUCGUGCCACAGCUUACCUAUGUAUACAUGUAUGUAUAGCGUUGAAUAUAUAUAUUGCAAUUGAAAAGAGUUAAAAAUUGAAUUAUAAGUGGACUUAGCGGACGUCCUGUGAGGGUGCGUGGGUUGUUUUUUGGAGUUCCUCCGCCAUUUUUUUUAUUGUGGAUUUUGUUGUGGAGGGCUGAAAAGAGGGAAAGAGAGAGAGAGAGAGUGAGACAGAGAGGGAAAAUCAAGCAUAGAAAAGGGUUAAAAUGAAACAAAACACAUUAAAGAAAAAAAGCACCCGAGAAUAUAGCUGAAUGUAUACAAACGUG